GGCCGGCCGCGGCAAGAUGGCGGUGCCCUGGCUGAGGUGAAGGAGCAGACGCCGGAAUGGCCGCACGUUGGUUCCUCGGCCGCGCUCUGCCCGCGGUCCGCUGCGUCGCUCGGCUGUACUCGGAGAACGGGCCCGCGCCCCCGCCGCGCCUCCCCCGCGCGGGCCUGUACGAGCUGCUGGGCGUGCCGGCCACGGCGUCGCAGGCGCAGAUCAAGGCCGCCUACUACGCGCAGUCCUUCCGCUUCCAUCCGGACCGCAACGCGGGUAGCGAGGAGGCGGCCGCGCGCUUCGCCGCUGUCAGCGAGGCCUACUUGGUGCUGGGCAGUGUCGCGCUGCGCCGUAAGUACGAUCGUGGCAUCCUGAGCAGCCAGGACCUCCGCACGGCCGGCCGCCCCUCGGGCCGCGACGAAUCGCCGCCGCGCGCCCCCACACCCGCUUCGCCCCGUAGCCGCACCGUCCGGGCCACCGGCCGCCCGCCCCAGCCUGUCUUCGACUUCGACGCCUUCUACCGCGCGCACUACGGCGAGCAGCUGCAGCGCGAGCAGGAACUGCGCGGCCGGCGGGAGGAGCUGCGCAAGCAGCGCGAGCAGGAGGCAGCCAAGGGCAAAUACAGCGGUGCCGUGGAGGUGUCGGCCUUCCUGCUACUCCUGCUCAUCGUGGGCCUGCUCAUGCAGAACUGAGGGCGGGGCCUGGAGCAGCCUCCCUGUGCCCACCAGACCCAGCCGGGAGCUCCCCCCACUCCCUGCAAGAGACCAGAGCCCUCUGCGGGCGGGCUGGCAGUGCCCCACACACUGCCCCGCUGUGCGCUGGCUGCUCUCGGGAAGCUGCAGUACGACUAGAGCCCCUCAGAUCCUCUUUUGAGACCAAACUUCAUUAUAUGCCCAAAAGCAGCAGCAGCAUCGAGCCUCCAAGCAGCCUGGGUGAAGGUUCCUCUCCUUUGCUUACCUGGCAGGGGUGGGGUCCAGGGAGCUGCUGCGCCCACUCCCUGUUUAGAUGUAGAUGUUAGGGGUGACCUCAGUUGCUGCCGUCACAAAUUCAGGCCCUGGAUUGCUUGUUCUCAUGGGUAUAGAGUGCACGUCACUCACAGUCCUGGACUUGCAUCCAGGCGUAGCGUGAACCCGUUCUCAUGGAUCAUAUUGCAAAACAGGGACUGACUGGAUCUUUGUCAUUUUUGCACUGUAAGAGCAAGGGGAUUGGACUCUCCCUGGUGUGGGCUGACAGUUUGUGGUCUUCAUGUACCAGGAACUGUCAGGUGCUGCUUUUUUAGACAGCCUGUUGACUUUUUUUUUUUAAGCAGCUUCCCAGUGUAUGCCAGGACUUGCAGCACUGGUGACUCAUUGAACAGACUUCCUGUCUGUACCAUUGACACAUCUCCCUUUUCUCUUUUCCUGAAUGCUUGAUACCAAAGGUUUUCAGGUUUGGUGGAACAUGAGAAAAGCCCAGUAUGGUGGCAGCAAGCAGUAUGUCUUGUUUGUAAAGCUGCCUGGCUUGUCCAAAGGUACAGAAAAGUUCUCGUCUUUCCAGUUCGUAAGGGCAUCCAGUUUUUACAACUGGGGACCCUGUACUGUAGGUGCUGACUUGUGUCAUAUCUUAAUUUAUGUAUGGAUAGCAGGGGUUCAGACUAAUAUAUUAAUUUAUGCAAAUUCUUAAAUCUUAAAGAGUUUUAGGCAUCACAUGAGGCUUCUGCCUUGCACAUUGGGUGGGGUUUUUGAACAUGUUGCUUUUGAACUUUGUGUCUCAGCACAGAGUGAGUGAAAUCUGUUCCCCUUUAGUUCAGAGUCUCACAGGGUCUCUGGUGUGCCAAGAAUGUCACUUUCACACUCUCUGAUUUGUACAGGAUCCCCUGGUAGUGUCUUGCAGUCUCAAGCACAGUCUCAGCCUUCUGCCUGUCACCAAGGGAAUUAUUUUCCUGCAAAUGAGAACGUGCAAAAAGUGAGUCUGACAUGUCCCCAGGAGCCUGGAAGGGACAGGAGGGUUCUGAUAGGUGCGUGCAGCUUCCCACUACCUGAGUGUUCCCUAAUAAUUGAGCCUUGGGCCAAAAGGCAGCAGCGUGGCAGAGAGUCCAGUGCAGGACAGGGUGGGAACAACUUAAUAAAUGUGAGGUUCUGAGGGCCCAUGAGAGCUUUUCAAAAUAAUUCUACCCUUUAAAAUGACAUAGUCCAGACAUACUUUCUCUCUGAUCAGAGCACCUUUGUCCCAGUGACUAGUCUGUUCUGCCCCGGUGAUCAUUUUAAGGCAAAGGACUUGCUUUCUUGGACCUCCCCUAUUGGUAUUGAGUACUGGGGUUAACGCAACCCCACACCCCAUCAGGCUGGGAGGGAUUCUGGGUCAGCUUGUGAGAAGGUGCUAGGAGUUGUUUGGUUCUGGGAUACGGGCUGAGAACUUCCAUGGAGCAAAAGGGUUGUGGCUUGGGGUCUCAAGUCAUUUUCAUUCCACCCUUUCUAAAGCCUUUUACAAAUGCAUUUGGCCUGUAUGCUUGUUUUACAUCAUGCAAACCUGACUCCGAUUUGGGAAUGACAUCCCACUCUUUACUAGUCAAUCCUUUAGAAGAAAACAAAUUGGAGGCACAAACGUGCAACAGGGAAAUGUGGGAAAACAGGUGGGAGAUGGUGUUCCUCACUCUGAUGGCUAAUGCUGGCUCUGAGUUGGCACUUUAUUUAGUUCCUGAUACCUGGGGGUCUUGGGUAGACUCCACAUUCAACUGUGAACUCUGCUGUGGGUUUGUGAUGGCUCUGGUAUAUUGCAGGGGAGCCCCUUCAGGGAUGCUGCUGCUAAGAAUGGGUUUUAGUAAUUUACUUUGUGAUACUAUCAUAAAUUGGAGUAGGAAUUCACCUGCCGAUCUACCCCAAUACCCAUGUUGCUCCCUGGCUGUGUCAUGCUGAAAGAAGUCUAAGUAUUUCUCUGAGAUGGAGGCCUCCUGUGAGCUGUAGUUAUGCUCUGUGCCUGGGUCAGACAUGUUUGUGGUGCAAUAUGCUGUGCUGUUAAACCGCUGUAAGAAUGUGCCUUAGAGUGGGGACUUGUACAAGGACAGUGUCCCAAUCACUGACUAUGGGGAGGGGGCAAGAACAUAAAGCUAUACAUCUUGUUUGCUGAUUAAAUACCUGUUUCUUUUUUUUCCUUU